AUGGAGACGGGCGGCCUCGAAGCCUUUGCGCGGAGUAGCGGCUUUCGUGACAAGGGCUACUUGAAGUCGCUUGGCGAAGGGUCGGUGGUCCAACUCCAUGACUUUCAACUCCACUUUCAAUCAGACCAGGACGACCGAUUCAAAAAGGGGAUGUCUCGAACCGUCUUGUCGCACUCGGUGCCGACCUUGGGCUCGCGGCAAGUCUUUAAGGCAUCCACGCACAAGUUUCCACCCACCUGGCACGUGCGUUCCACACCCAGCCUGGCACCCCUGGAGAAAAGUGGCUACAGCUACACGAAGAGUGCGGACGAUGCCAAGGAGAAACAGUUGGAAGCAGCUUGCAAGAAGCUCUGGGUGGCCGUCCAUGGCGCUGAGUACGAGAUCUGCCAGUUGGUGCGGGAUGAACAAAAGGAGGGUGGAGCGAACCAAGCCAUGCUGGGCAGGUUGAACAAGUCUAUGGGGAACUUUCCAAGUAUCCAAAAAGCCCUGAAAGCUGGCGCCAAAAUUGACUGGCACAACCCAGAGUGGGAUGGUGCCACGCUGCUGAUUCGCGCCGCGCGGACGUCCUCCAUGGAGCUGGCGGUGCUGUGCUUGGCCCUGUACGGUCCCAAGGGGUCAGCCAACAUGCAGGAGAAAGACAACAUGGGUCGCGGUGUCCAGCACUGGGCUUCCCUCUGCGGUGCCGUGAAGCUCAUGGAAUAUUUGCUGACUGCCUACCCCGAGCUGGAUCUAGCGCUGCCGGACAGUGCCGGGGAUAGUCCCCUGCAUCUUGCGGCCUACAACGGGCACCUGGGGACUGUGCGUUUGCUGCUGCGCCAGGGCGUCAAGGAGACGCCCAACGCGCUGGGCUUCAGCCCCACACAGCUGGCCGAGUCGCGCCGUAUGUGGCACGUAUGUCGUUUCUUGCGCGAAUAUCAAAGCGGAGAGGGCGUGAAGGACCGAGAACGGCCGCAAGGGGAGGGUAAGAAACAUAGGAGUGCAACCUGCCAUUUAAACCAUGAUCAAAACAUGUCAUAA